GCGUGACUUUAGAGUGACGCUCUCACUUGUUGCUUCACUGGAUUAACUUUUCCAGCGAAACAUUAACGGACCUUUGACACAUUGAAACUUCUCGCUGGGCAGGACAGCUCGCGCGUCCUGCUGACUUUUCAGUCCCAACUGAAACGAGUUGGGUUUUCACAGAAAUGUCUCUGGCAGAGCAAAGCCAGCAGUGGUUUCCCACUAGCGUCCAGGUAACGGUGCUCCAGGCGAGGGGUUUGCGGAGCAAGGGGAAGAAUGGCACCAACGACGCGUACGCCAUCAUGCAGGUGGCCAAGGAAAAGUUUUCCACCUCGGUGGCGGAGAAGAGCGUCGCGCCGGUGUGGAAAGAGGAGGCCGCGUUCGACCUGCCGCUCUUUCACCCCAGUAACGCGGAGCGCUGCACACUUCAGGUGUGUGUGAUGCACCGGGCGCUGGUGGGACCCGAUAAAAUGCUCGGACAGGCGACCAUCAACCUCCUGGAACUCCAAGACAAUAAAUCCCGUAAUAAAACUGAAUGGUUCAAAUUGAUGGGCAAGACGGGGAAGGCUGAUAAAGACAGGGGUGAGGUGCUCCUAGACGUUCAGUUCAUGAAGAACAACAUGACGGCCAGCAUGUACGACCUCUCUGGGCAGGACAAGUCACGCUCACGACUUGGCAAGAUCAAGGAUAAGCUGAAAGGGAAAAAGAAAAAUGGGAUGUCGGAUUCUGCUUCCGCCAUUGUGCCUUCAGUCUGCCAGGUACUGACUGACAGUGAGGGAGAAGAAGAACCUGACGUCACACCCGGAGCCAAAAAGAAGAAUAAACUCAAGUCCCUCUUCGCACCCAAGCCGAGUUUGCACCGUAACAUUUCCCAGUCCAUGUCCACACUCGCCACCCUGCCUGAAAAAGACUCGCCCAUCAGUCUGAGCAGAUCGUCUGGCCUAAAUAUAGAGUCUCCUGAAGGCAAAAAGAAGUUCAAAUUUCUGAAGCACAAGCGGACCGGAAGCUCUGACAGCAAGGUUUCCCAGGGUACUGGGUCUCUUGGACCGGGCAUGGUGCAGAGCAACAUGUGCAUCAACGGCAGUCACGUCUACACAGAAGAGCCAGAGACCAGAGGAUCCAGGGCCGGUUCCACCUUCAGCCUGAACAGCUCCGGCCACGGAUCCAUGGAGGACCUGCGCAGAGGUCAUGACAGGAAAACCUCCAGCACCUCAAUGGAUUCCUCAGACCAAACUCAAGACAAUGCAGUGGAAGAGAUGCGCAGAAGACAAGAGGAACAGAGGAAACAUGAAGAGGAAGUCAGGAAAAGACUAGAGGAGGAAAGAAGACAGGCUGAAGAGGAGGAGAGGAAACAGAUUGAGAGAGAACAGGAAGAGGAGAGGAAACGCUUGGAAAGAGAGGAAGAGAAGAGAAAGCUACAGAAACUGGAAGAGGAGCGGAAAAGGAUUGAGAGAGAGGGAGAAAGAAAGAGGAUAGAGAAGGAAGAAGAACGAAAACGGACUGAAAGAGAGGAGGAAAGAAAAAGGAUGGAGAGAGAAGAGGAGAGGAAACUGCUUGAGAGGGAGGAGGAAAGAAAGAGGAUAGAGAUAGAAGAGGAAAGGAAUUGGAUGGAGAGAGAGGAAGAGAAAAGGAAGCUUGAGAAACAGGAAGAAGAAAGAAGAAAAAAUGAGGAAGAGGAAAGAGAAAGAAAAAGGAUUAAACAGGAGGAAAUGAUCAGAAUAAAGAAGGAACAGGAACGAGUUAGACAGGAAGAGGAAAGAAGGAAAGCUGAGGAGGAGAGGACCAAAGAGGAGAAAAGGAAGAGAAUGGAGGAAGAGGAAAAGGCUAGGAAGGAAGAAGAUAAACGGAGGAGAAUUGAGGAAGAGGAGAGAACGAGACUUGAGAAUGAAAAGUUGCAGAAAGAAGAAGAGACAAGAAAGUUGGAGAUGGACAGAAGACGUGCUGAAGAAGAGGAGAGACUACUGAAGGAAAAAGAAAAGAUGGAAGCAGAGGAGAAGAGGAAAAGGAAAGAGGAAGAAGAGAGAAGACUGUCUGAGGAGAUGGAAAGAAAAGAACAAGAAAGGGUGCGACAGGAAAAAGAGAAGUUGGAGCUUGCGAACAAGAGAAUAGAAGAAAGGAUGAGAGAGGAGCAGGCGAGAAGAAAGGCUGAGGAAGAGGAUGAGAAGAGGAAGCUGAAAGAGAAAGCGGACCAGGAGAGAAUCAGGCAAGAGAAAGAAGAAAUGGAAAGACAGAAGAAAGAGAAAGAACAGCGGCCCGAGGUGAAACCCAGGAGUGCUCGACUGAAUACGAGUAAAAAAGCAUCUGACGAGAUUAACUCGGACAACAUCCUAUUCACCAAUCCCUUUGAAGACCCCCUCUUAUUCGACGAGAGCUCCACCAAUCCCUUCGAGCAGCCCACCGUUUCUCAACCUGAAGCCCUCAGUCGGUCCACCAAAGUCUCUGCAGUCAAGCCAAGUUCUUCUGUUUCUGGAAUCUUCUUUUCACAAGCAUCUGUGCCAAACACCAACCCAUUCUUAGAUGACUCCGAUGUUCAUGGCGGAAACACUGAGAAAGUUGUCCAUCUCGGAGACGCCGCAGAAAGGUCAGAGAAGAAACGACGUGCCCCAAUGCCUCCCCAGAACAAGACGCAGAAGGGAAAACCAGAUGUCCCUCCAAAAGCACCAGCGAUUCCUAAAGCCACACAAGCUUUUCCAUCUAGAGCAUCUGAAGAUGAUGGAGACUCUGAUUCCUGCAGUUUACAAAGGGACAAACGUCCCGCCCCUUUACCACCAAAGAACAAGCAAGAAGUGCAAAACACGCAUGCAGACCAAACUACCACUCCUCUUCAUACCGGUGAAUGGAGAACUACUAGAUUCCAGGAAAUAGACCAGACUAACAAAGUGUGCCCGGUUUUGCAAGAUGAGUCAAGGACCUCUGAUGCAGCCAAUUUUGGGAACACCAGUUUAUCGCGUCUUAUCCAGGGUCAUCCCAGUAACAGACAAGAAACCAACCCUUUUAUAUCUACCGAGGUCAAAACAACUAAACACAACAAGGGUCCAGCACCAAAGCCUUCAUUACAGUCAAAAUCUUGCAAGACAUCUGCAUCGGAAUCUGAAACAAGCAAGCAAGCAAUUAGUAAUGUCCAUUUAACUGAACAUGAAACCAGUGCUGCCUCAAACUCUUGCAUUGAUCAAAUAGAUGAGUCGACUGACAAGCUUGAUGAUCUUCCUGCAGAUGAAGAGCCUUCUACCAAACCCGAGCACUCUGAAGACCUUUUCUCAAGAGAAAGUAAACACAAGGUUUUACCAGAAAAGUCUAAACUAGACUCUCUUGGAGAAGACAUACCUUCAAUGUCUGAUCCAGUCCUUGGAAAGGUUUUCUAUAAUGUGAAUGAUCCCGAGAAUGCUGAAAAUGUCCUGCUUGAGAGUGGCGUUUCCAAAAAGAAGAGUCGGGCCCCGUUGCCUCCUGCCAAAUCAGCAUCCAGCCAGCAACCAGAAGCUGCACCGAUCUCAACCAGUCAACCCAGCAUACAAGAUCAAGACAAGUCAUUAACUGUUAAUAGUAGCAAGUCAACUUCAUGUUUUACCCAAUCCCUGGUGAACUCCUCUUCAACCUCCAGUCAAGCUCUCGCUCCUUUGAAACUGGAAGCAGGUCAUGGGUCAGAGCACCGGUCGCUCCCACAAGCCAGAGUGUUACCUAUUGAUGUUCAGCCCGUCGCUGGGCAGAAAAAUGGGAGUGAAAGCGAGAGAACAGGUGAUCCUGCCUUCAAACCCUGCAGACCCCAUGCAGUGAAACCCCUGAGCACCACUGACAAGCAGCCAGACCUCCGAGAGACCCAUGACGCUUCCAGAUCUGCUAAAAUUACAGAUGACAUGCAAGUUAAGAUGAAGGCCCCAGAGGCUAAAGGGACGGGACCGUACUCCCAGCUAACCCAUGAAGAACUCAUUAACUUGUUGGAAAAGCAGAAGCAGCAGCUUUCUCAGAAGGAUGCUAAGAUUGGGGAACUGGAGCUUUAUAUAGACAGUCUUCUGGUCCGUGUCAUGGAGGAGAGCCCCAACAUCUUAAUGUCCUUGAGCUUGAUGAAGAAGUCAGUUUGAGCACUUUUGUAGCAGAGUUUUGAAUUUAGUGUGCUCUGUAAUCACAAAUAUGGGGUGAACGUCAGUGCAUGGUUGUGGGUAAAUCACAGAGGUUUUCACUAAAUCCAGUAUAGCUGUAACUGCAGACACUAGUGAGCCGAAGUACACUUGACGUCUCGGGCUGAAUGGUGACGAAAUGAUUGUUUGUUAUUUGGCUUGCUUCAGAUCCAGCUAACCAUGUGACUUCCAUGUUUAUUCUUGUACAUGUUAAAAUAAAUCAUGUUAAGUAUUUUCUCCAAAGGUUUUUACUGUCCACUUUUCCAUUUGAAUUGCUAAUAUUCUUUGAUUAGUAUCAUAUAAAUUAUAAAUAUCAUCUAUCAAAUCGUUCAAUGGAUCAUGCAACCCAUAUGUUUAAUAAGUAAACAAAAUGGCGCUACAUAUAUUCUUGAAAAAUAUUUUAUAUAAAUUACAAAGCUGUAUGAUAUUUUGUAGACCGAUCUCUGCAUUGAUACGUUGUUUUCUUUUCAAUGAAGCACUUUAAAAGAAUCAGUUCAUCUGUAAAUAAUGAACAUGUGAUCAUUUGUACUUUAUGCCUUUUGUCAUGUAAGCUGACAGCUUUAUUAUUCUCUGCUUUUGAAAUAAAGAAUGUCACAGGCGUGGCUUUGUAAAGGGCUGCGUCACACGAUUGUGUCUGUGUGCAUUUUUAAGAAUGCAGGUUAAGCUUUAAAUGAUUA